GCUGGGGGGAGGGGAGGGGAGAGCCCGAGCGCUGGAGUUGGUGCUGGGAAACCCGGGGCUAAUGUUGACAACAGGCUCGAGAUUGUCCUGGGUCACAUAAUGCCAGCUGAGCGUAAAAAGCCAGCAAGUAUGGAAGAAAAAGAAUCUCUAGUAAACAACAGUGAGAAAGACUGCAGUGAAAGGCGGCCAGUGAGCAGCAAGGAGAAACCAAAAGACGAUCUCAAGCUCACUGCCAAGAAGGAGGUCAGUAAGGUCCCUGAAGACAAAAAGAAGAAGCUGGAAGAAGAUAAGAGAAAAAAGGAAGAUAAGGAACGCAAGAAAAAAGAAGAAGAAAAGGUAAAGGCAGAGGAAGAAGAAAAAAAGAAACAUGAAGAAGAAGAGAGAAAAAAGCAAGAAGAGCAGGCAAAACGACAGCAAGAAGAAGAAGCUGCCCAGUUGAAAGAAAAAGAAGAAUCCCUUCAGCUUCAUCAGGAAGCUUGGGAACGACAUCAGUUAAGAAAGGAACUUCGUAGCAAAAACCAAAAUGCUCCAGACAACCGACCAGAGGAAAACUUCUUUAGCCGCCUAGACUCAAGUUUGAAGAAAAACACUGCUUUUGUCAAGAAACUAAAAACUAUUACAGAACAACAGAGAGACUCCUUGUCCCAUGAUUUUAAUGGCCUGAAUUUAAGCAAAUACAUUGCAGAAGCUGUAGCUUCUAUUGUGGAAGCAAAGUUAAAAAUCUCUGAUGUGAACUGUGCUGUGCACCUUUGCUCUCUCUUUCACCAGCGCUAUGCUGACUUUGCCCCGUCUCUUCUUCAGGUCUGGAAAAAACAUUUUGAAGCAAGGAAAGAGGAAAAAACUCCUAACAUUACCAAAUUAAGAACUGAUUUGCGUUUCAUUGCGGAAUUGACAAUAGUUGGGAUUUUCACGGACAAGGAGGGUCUUUCCUUAAUAUAUGAACAGCUAAAAAAUAUUAUUAAUGCUGAUCGGGAAUCUCACACUCAUGUUUCCGUGGUGAUUAGUUUCUGUCGACAUUGUGGAGAUGAUAUUGCUGGACUUGUACCAAGGAAAGUAAAGAGUGCUGCAGAAAAGUUUAAUUUGAGUUUUCCUCCUAGUGAGAUCAUUAGUCCAGAGAAACAACAGCCUUUCCAGAAUCUUUUAAAAGAGUACUUUACGUCUUUGACCAAACACCUGAAAAGGGACCACAGGGAGCUCCAGAAUACUGAGAGACAAAACAGGCGUAUUCUUCAUUCUAAAGGAGAGCUAAGUGAAGACAGACAUAAACAGUAUGAAGAAUUCGCUAUGUCUUAUCAGAAACUGCUGGCAAAUUCGCAGUCCUUAGCAGAUCUUUUGGAUGAAAAUAUGCCAGAUCUUCCUCAGGACAAACCAACACCAGAAGAGCAUGGACCUGGAAUUGAUAUAUUUACACCUGGUAAACCUGGAGAAUAUGACUUGGAAGGUGGUAUAUGGGAAGAUGAAGAUGCUCGGAAUUUUUAUGAGAAUCUCAUUGAUUUGAAAGCUUUUGUUCCAGCCAUCUUGUUUAAAGACAAUGAAAAAAGUUGUCAAAAUAAAGAUUCCAACAAAGAGGAUUCCAAAGAGGCAAAAGAAUCUAAGGAUAAUAAGGAGGUCUCAAGUCCUGAUGAUUUGGAACUUGAGUUGGAGAAUCUAGAAAUUAAUGAUGACACGUUAGAAUUAGAGGGUGGAGAUGAAGCCGAGGAUCUUACAAAGAAACUUCUUGAUGAACAAGAACAAGAAGAUGAAGAAGCCAGCACUGGGUCUCAUCUCAAGCUCAUAGUGGAUGCUUUCCUCCAGCAAUUGCCCAAUUGUGUCAACCGAGAUUUGAUAGACAAGGCAGCAAUGGAUUUUUGCAUGAACAUGAACACAAAAGCAAACAGGAAGAAGUUGGUACGGGCACUCUUCAUAGUUCCUAGACAAAGGUUGGAUUUGCUACCAUUUUAUGCAAGAUUGGUUGCUACAUUGCAUCCCUGCAUGUCUGAUGUAGCAGAGGAUCUUUGUUCCAUGCUGAGGGGGGAUUUCAGAUUUCAUGUACGUAAAAAGGACCAGAUCAAUAUUGAAACCAAGAACAAAACUGUUCGUUUUAUUGGAGAGUUAACCAAGUUUAAGAUGUUCACGAAAAAUGACACACUACAUUGUUUAAAGAUGCUUCUGUCAGAUUUUUCUCAUCACCAUAUUGAAAUGGCAUGCACCCUUCUGGAAACAUGUGGGCGAUUUCUGUUCAGAUCUCCAGAAUCACACCUGAGGACCAGUGUACUUUUGGAGCAAAUGAUGAGAAAGAAACAAGCCAUGCAUCUUGAUGCAAGAUACGUCACAAUGGUGGAGAAUGCAUACUACUACUGCAACCCUCCUCCAGCUGAAAAGACAGUGAAAAAGAAACGCCCUCCUCUCCAGGAAUAUGUUCGGAAACUUUUGUACAAAGAUCUCUCUAAGGUUACCACCGAGAAGGUUUUGAGACAGAUGCGAAAAUUGCCCUGGCAGGACCAAGAAGUGAAAGAUUAUGUCAUCUGUUGUAUGAUAAACAUUUGGAAUGUGAAAUAUAACAGUAUUCACUGUGUAGCCAACCUCUUAGCAGGACUGGUGCUCUACCAAGAGGAUGUUGGGAUCCACGUUGUGGAUGGAGUCUUAGAAGAUAUCCGAUUAGGAAUGGAGGUUAAUCAACCUAAAUUUAAUCAGCGGCGUAUCAGCAGCGCCAAGUUCUUAGGGGAACUUUAUAAUUACCGAAUGGUGGAAUCAGCCGUUAUUUUCAGGACUCUCUAUUCUUUUACUUCAUUUGGUGUUAACCCUGAUGGUUCUCCAAGUUCGCUGGACCCUCCUGAGCAUCUUUUCAGAAUUCGACUCGUCUGCACUAUUUUGGAUACCUGUGGCCAGUACUUUGACAGAGGUUCCAGUAAACGAAAACUUGAUUGCUUCCUUGUAUAUUUUCAGCGUUAUGUUUGGUGGAAGAAAAGUUUGGAGGUUUGGACAAAAGACCAUCCAUUUCCUAUUGAUAUAGAUUAUAUGAUCAGUGAUACACUAGAACUCCUAAGACCAAAGAUCAAACUCUGUAAUUCUCUGGAAGAAUCCAUCAGGCAGGUACAUGACUUGGAACGAGAAUUCUUAAUAAAACUAGGCCUAGUAAAUGACAAGGAUUCAAAAGAUUCUAUGACAGAAGGAGAAAAUCUUGAAGAUGAUGAUGAAGAAGAAGAAGGAGGUGCUGAAACAGAAGAACAGUCUGGAAAUGAAAGUGAAGUAAAUGAGCCAGAAGAAGAGGAAGGUUCUGAUGAUGAUGAUGAGGGAGAAGAAGAGGAAGAAGAGAACACAGAUUACCUUACAGAUUCCAAUAAGGAGAAUGAAACUGAUGAAGAGAAUACUGAGGUAAUGAUUAAAGGAGGUGGACUGAAGCACGUGCCUUGUGUAGAAGAUGAGGACUUUAUUCAAGCUCUGGAUAAAAUGAUGCUAGAAAAUCUUCAGCAACGAAGUGGAGAAUCUGUUAAAGUGCACCAACUUGAUGUUGCAAUUCCUUUGCAUCUCAAAAGCCAGCUGAAGAAAGGUCCCCCACUUGGUGGAGGGGAAGGAGAGGCAGAGUCCACAGACACGAUGCCAUUUGUCAUGUUAACAAGAAAAGGCAAUAAACAGCAGUUUAAGAUUCUUAACGUGCCCAUGUCUUCUCAACUUGCUGCAAAUCAUUGGAACCAGCAACAGGCAGAACAAGAAGAAAGGAUGAGAAUGAAAAAGCUUACACUAGAUAUCAAUGAACGGCAAGAACAAGAAGAUUAUCAAGAAAUGUUACAGUCUCUUGCACAGCGCCCAGCUCCAGCAAACACCAAUCGUGAGCGGCGGCCUCGUUACCAACAUCCAAAGGGAGCACCUAAUGCAGAUCUAAUCUUUAAGACUGGUGGGAGGAGACGUUGAUCCAGCAGCACGUGUCAUUUCAUUAGGUCCUGUAUCUGAUGUUGUGGAUAGUGGAGUCCUCCAGCAAUUGAAUGAGAGCAGUGGACACAUCUCAGCAUGUCGGUCUAGAGAGUUGUGAAUCUAAACCUGGGACAGGCUGGGGCCAUGGGGCAGAAACACCAGCCUCUGCCAACACCGGAACAAGCCGACGCUUCCAGACAAGGCAGAAAAGGCCUUUUGCAAUGGAAAUCACAUGAGGGUUAGUCUUCUCCUGAGAAUGGCGGUCAAGAAAUGAGGUGGUUCACUUGACUCCUGAGCAGUUACACCAAGAAGAGCGUCAGUGAGGCGACAGCCGGAGAAGAAACGGUUGUGAUGGUAUGGUAUGGGGGAAAUGAACUUGAGUUUUAAACUUGAUUUGAGUUACAGUGUCUCUGAAUUGAACAUCCCAUGUUGGAAGAAGAUACAUUUGGGGGCUCCAGGACUACAGUAGAAAAA